UGAUUCGGCAUUUUUGGGUCUCAUUACCAAUCACACUUUUCAUUUAUAUUAUCUUCCAUUCACUCAUUUUCUAAUUCCUACCAACACUACCCUUUUUCCUCUGUAGCGGCUCCCUUUCAUUCUCUGAGGGCAUUUUCAUCUGUCGGUGCUUUCAUGCCUAUUACCCGUGUUGGAUCCGAUGAAGAUGUUUCUUUUAAGAAGAGAAACUCAGUUACCUCUGAAAUUGCGGCGUCCUGUUUUGAUUGCAACAUCUGCCUUGACUCAGCACAUGAUCCCGUAGUCACACUCUGCGGUCACCUCUACUGCUGGCCUUGCAUUUACAAGUGGAUCCAGAUUGAGAGCUCUACACCAGGAUCCGAAGAAAAACCUAAAUGUCCAGUGUGUAAAGCUCACAUCUCGAACUCCUCACUGGUGCCUCUCUAUGGCCGUGGGACAUCAUCACAAGAGUCUGAAUCCAAGAAGUCUCAAGUUAACAUGGACAUACCUCAUAGGCCUCAAGCGAUUGGGACAAUCGCACCGCAUAAUUCACUGUCUCCAACUUUUCACGUAAAUCAGCAAUUUCAUCAAUCUUCUGUCAAUCCUCCACAACGGUCAUUUCAACAUUACCGCCCAUACUUACCCCAAGCCUUUGGUAGCUAUGCAGCUAUGGCUCCGUCUAGCUUUGGGGGCACUGCAGUGACCAGUUUGUUCAGCCCAGUGGCCGGUGUAUUUGGAGAAAUAUUUUCUGCGAGAAUGUUUGGAAGCUCAGGCGCAAGAUUAAUUGCUUAUCCUCAUCCCAGCCCUUACCUCAUCCGGGGAAGUGGUAGCCCUAGAGUGAGAAGGCAAGAAAUGCAGGUGGACAAAUUUCUUAACAGAUUGUCCAUCUUUCUUUUCUGCUGCUUUAUCUUGUGUCUCCUCCUGUUUUGAGGGUCAUAUAAUGUUCCUCUUCGUCAUACGUAUGUACAAAAUAUGUGACUGUGCUUACAACAGUCUGGGAGUAAUUCAUAGUAGAAAAUCAGACUAAUUUAGAGAUCUAAUAGAAAUAGCUUUACACCAUGCAAAUGUUGCUUUAUUCCCUUUUCUUUAUGCCUUUUUGGCAAAAGGAUAUAUUGUUCUUCAGAAGGUGGUAAGACAAUUAAACAUGCUCUGUGUUUGUUCUAUAUUCUGUUAA